CACAAUGAGGGGACUCCACCACCUACUACCACCAUGAGCGGAUUUAAGGAUAUUGUCAAGGGAGGAUGGCACCCGGAAAAGAAUCGAGCCAGCUCAUCAUCCGGAAGCAGCAGCACUGGCUUGAACAAAGUGAGAGGGAUGGUCGGGCGAGGAGGAGGAGAUGCUACCACUGCCGCACAUAGCCACCAGUCUGCGCCUCUCACAACUUUGGUAGAUCCAGCGUCUUUUGGUCCACCUCCAAAGCAUAUUCAUUAUCAUGGAGCUGCUGCUGCUGCAGCAACCUCGAACUCUGCUCCCAGACCCCCACCACGAGCUCCUCAACACCCUAGCCCACAGCCGUCGCCGUCGCCAACAGCUACCGGGCCUCCGAGACUGCCUCCCAGGCUUCCUCCGCGACAAAAUUCAAACCCUCACGAACUGACCCCUGCCCCUCCACCAGCCUAUCACGAAAUCGACCAGCCCGUUCACGCACCUCCCCAACAGCCCGGACAACUGAAUCAGGGUGCCCUUAGCAGGCUUGGAAAUGCGGGCGUCAACGUCCCAGGGUUUAACAUCGGGCACUCUGCUUCCCCGCCCAUACCCUCGCGACGGAUGGCUUCACCUCCGCCUUUGUCCCCAACCUCGAGCAACAAUGGAGCGCAAGUAGGCGAGCUUCAAUCACGAUUUGCAAACAUGUCAACUCAAUCCUCUGAUUCUCCCUCAACUGGAACUACGUGGGCCCAGAAACAGGCGGCGCUCAAGACCGCCGGCAACCUGCGACAAGAUCCCUCAAAAGUAUCUGUCUCCGAUAUGCGCAGUGCCGCGUCCACGGCCAACAAUUUCCGCGAGCGACACGGCGAACAGGCAGCGGCAGGGUGGAAAACGGCCAACGGUUUGAAUCAAAAAUAUGGUAUCUCCAAUAAGGUCGGCGGUCUUGCAUCCUCUUCAGCGUCUACCUCCAACACCCCGCCGGGACCCCCAUCGCCAGUCGGCAAGAAGCCACCGCCUCCACCGCCCAAAAGGAAAGGACUUUCUGGGAAUACCGUCGCUGCAGAAGCAAACGAACCUCCUCCAAUUCCCUUGAGCUCCAAACCCAAGUUUUGA